GUGAGUUUUGUUAAAAUUGGAGAAAAAUCGGAUUUCACUAUCUUAUCCUGAAAGUCUCAUUUGCUCAAUUAUUAGGGUGAUAUGCGAAGCGUGAAAACUCGUCCAGUGGGGCAUUUCUCACAUAAUUAUAAACUUGAUAUUCAGAGCAUAAUAUAGUUAUGGAAAAAUGCGACGAUGGAAUACAUAAACAACCUCUUUUGUUGUGAAGAAAAUUUAUGCUAAAUUUUUCGUCGUGCUUCAUUUCUUAUCAAUGUUUCUGGGUUUCAUCCCAUCGAAUGAAGAAAAAUUUGACGACAUGUUCAUUAUUCUGUAAAUUCUUCGAUUCGGCGAAACGCGUAACUUGUCAUUGAGAAAAAGAACUCUGCAUAACUGCUCGCGAAGUUACAAUAUAAUUUAUUGAACAUUUGUUUCUCUUCGACAUGUUCUCGGUUUUUGGCAUUUUAUUAUUGUUAAAUUAUUCGACGACGAUCGUCUACGCUGAGAAUAAUAAUCGCGAAAGAUUGUGUAAUCGAAUGAAUCGAUAUUCGACGAUCUACGAUGACCCUGAAGAUGAAAUACCAGUGACUCGAAAUAAACGAUCAUCACCAUCUGCUGAACAAGAAGAUCCUGAAGCAUUAUUCCUGACACCUUACAUCGAAAAUGACCUUAUCGAAGAAGCCAUCACCGAGUCAAGGGUAAACGAGCCAUUUUCCUCUUACGAAAGUUACUCGGGCUUCUUGACCACGAAUAAUACCACCGAAACGAAUCUCUUCAUGUGGUAUUUCCCUUGCUUGAAAAACGAUACCAAUACAUCGUUGAUAGUCUGGCUCGAAUCUGGCCCCAAGUAUCCGGCUUCUUCUCGAGUUUUCGAUACUGCUGGACCUUUCGUCAGAUCUUCAGGGAAAAUACUUCGCAACAACAAUACUCUAGUGAAUGAUUUCAACGUAUUAUACAUCGAUAGUCUGAUCGGAGCCGGAUUCAGUUUCACAAGGAAUCCCGACGAAGGAUACUCGAGGACUUUCUACAGGGCUGCGGCAGAGGUAGUCGAGGCGCUGAAACAAUUCGCCAAAAUGUUCCCACAAUCGGUACAAAACGGAUUGUACUUGAACGGAGGCGAUAUACAUACGAGCAAAAUAGCCUUAUAUUUGGCAUUGCAACUUCACCACCAUAACCAUCACCUCGCGAAUGGUUCAUCAGGGGAUCUUCGAGUCGAUGGCAUCAUGAUUGGAAAUGGUUUACUGGAUCCGGUGAAGAUGAUCGGUGUAUCGGAUCUGCUUUAUCGAAUCGGCGUAGCUGAUAAGUUCACUAGCGAGUACUUGCAAUCGAUAGAAGAAGAAAUCAAAAGAUUGCUCAGAAGUGGUCAACGAUUCCACGCUUAUGAAAAAUACCAGAACUUGAUGGCAGAAGUCAACGAGCUGGGAUACGAGCAAAUGAACGAUUUCACCGCGACAACUGCUGAUAAUUCGGAUGAUGGGAAAAUAUCGCAGAUUUUUUCACGUGUUCGAAUCAAACAAGCAUUGCAUGUUGGCCAGAUCGCAUAUGGUAGCGUUGACGUACCUUUGUGUUAUUUGCAACAAGAUAUGUUCACAUCGGUGUCGAAAACUGUCUCGAGUUUGAUUCCGCAUACGAAAUUCCUAUUCUAUAUUGGGCAGUAUGGAAUAAAGGUGAGAUUUUCCAGCUAUUUCGUGAUAGAUUUGUAUCGUGUAUGCUUUAGAAAAUUAUCCAAAAAUUGGGAGGAGGGGGAUGGACUAAAAACGAUGCACCAUGCAAAUAAUUAA